UGCAUUGUGUUUUGACUUUUGACUCUGUGAACAGUGCGUUCCAAAUUCAAAAUAAGCUUGGCUGGAUUAUUGUUAUAAGUAAUUUUAUAAAGAGGAAAAUAAAAAUCAACGGAAGGAAAAUCAUAUAAGUUUAUUAGCUAUUGUUACUGUUUUAUGUGUACGAAUGAGUCCGUAAUCGGAUAUAAGGAAAAAAUAAUUAAUAUAAAGCAUUAAAAUAGAAAAACCUAACUAGUGCAUUUAAUAAGGUAAAAGAAACAGUAACUUACAGAACGUGAAAUAGUGAAGUAUCGAAUAUAAAAUGUGUUUUGCCGAAAAAUGUUGUUUUUUCCUGAAAUUGGAAUUGGGCUGUGGUCUGAUAGGCAUCGGAAGUCUUAUAUUUUCGCUAGUACUAACAAUAUUAUCAGCUACAAUUUUCGUGUUGGAUCAUUCAGAAAUAGAUCGUAAAGAUCACUUGGAACACAACUUGCACACGUUAUUCGAGACUUACGUCUCAAGAUCCAGCAUAAGAAUCGUUCUUUGCAUUAUCAUCUUUAUGGGAAUCCUGUUGCUGCUGUCUUCUGUUUUAUUGCUGAUUGGAAUAAGCAAGAAAAAGCCGGGUUUCCUCCUGUUCUACUUCGGCUAUGGUCUCUUCUUCACCAUCCUAUGCAACAUUGGCGCUCUGCUUCUUCUUCUGAAAUGCAUGUGGUGGACGUCUGGUGCUAUAUUCAUUGCUUCUUUGGUGUACAUACACUUCUUAGUGGUGGUACAAACGGUGUAUGACGGGAUGUUGCGAGGCAAGGUAUACGGGUUCGCUUCUCAUCGCAAGUUGGACGACGAUAUCGCUAUUCUGGAGGGCAGUUUGAAUGAUGUUAGUCAAGAAUGAACGCCUACGACAAGGACGGUAUGGGUAGGAAAAUCUACCCAUACCUGCUUCAAGCGGUUUUUACAUUUGCCAAUCCAUCCUGCCCAAUGCGUCAAGGUCACAGGCGUGUUGGUGGAGCGUAACCAGGGAAUAGAAGAAAGAGGUUGGAAGGGCCAAGGGAGCAUAAAACGCGCGACAUACAAGUGUGAGCAAAUUGUUAAUACUUCAACUUUGCACUCCACUCCUCCACAAACUUUACGAUGCACGGAGCUCCGCGUUAGUAUAUGAAACGGUCGUCUUGUGCAUUAUAAUAUGCAGGCUAAAAAAGCAAUUAUCGACAAUCGUGCAAAGAGAUCCCUCGUUAUCACAUAAAAACCUCGGAAUGAUCGGCUAUUUAUCAAAAAAAAAAAAAAAUACUACUAAAAAUACUUUUGGAUGCAUUCUCUUACAUUAAGUAAUGAUAAAAUUGUAGUCUAUCACAUAAAAUGUACAUUGC